UCGCCCCCGCGCGUCCCGCGCUCCCUCGCUCUCAGGCCGGCCGUCCUCAGGCCAGCUGGAGCAGGCCGCGCUCAGCAAGCAGACCCUGGGUGCGUUUGUAGACGUCCUCCAGGGUGCUCGCGACCCGGGCUACCGCAGCCCGCGCCUCCGCCUCUCGGCUUCCGGGACACGCCAGCGCGAGCAACUGGCCCCGACCCGGGAAGGCGAGGAAGGCGAGGCUGGCAGCCUGCCGGAUGAGCCAGGGGUGGUGCGGGGCCAGGGCCGUGCCGUAGGCGUCGCUGCACUGCGUGCCGGCGUCCGGGCCUCCGACCGUCCCGGUCGCCACCCGGUGGAGGCAGAGCUGGGACCAGCGCAGCGCGCGGUGCAGCAGGAGCAUCGUUCUGGAGCCCGAGGUCAAGGGCUGCUGCUCCAGCACUCCCGCCCGCCGCUCCCACGCCGCCAUGGCCGCCAGCGUCGUGUAGUGUGCGGCCUCCGGGCCGCGCACCCGGGCUUCGAGGGCUGUGACCUUGCUGGAGACCUCGCUUGUGGCGAAGGCGAAGAUGGAGCCGAGGGGAAUCAGGAGCCUAGGUGUUGGGUGGUGGUGGGGAUGGGGAAGAUGAUUUGAGACAGGGCCAUGGUGCCAUACAGAGGCGGGGAGUGGAUUAGGGGAGGCGACCACUCACUUGACCAGCUCCCUCCAUCCGGCCAGGUACUCAGACAGCUGCACAUCCCCUUCCGUGUUCAGGCUGGCGCGGAACUGCCCCACCAGGCGGCCUAGCAAACCCUGGGGGCUCAGACAAGGAGGCUGUUCCCUCCCCGGGGCCUCCAGGGGUCCCGACUCUUGCCGGACCUGGGCGUGGGGUAGGUGGGAGGGUGGGAAGACAUGACAGGGAGGGAGUGAGGGCAGAUCCCCCAGACUGCUAGGCCUCCUAAGCCAAGCAGACCAGUUGGACUAUAAAGAAAUUGUUCCUAAGGUCUAGCUGGCGUCAGUCCUGCUGUGCCUUCUUAGAGGAGAGAGAAAACGAGGGGAGGACCUGCCCUUCCCCAGAUCUUCAAGCUGGCUCCACUUCCCCCUGCUCCGGGUCCCACCUGGCGCUCCCUGUCCUAGCCCUGCCCAGAGCGUACCUGCAAGGGUAGCGGUCUCUCAGGAACGCAGGACCGUGCCCCGGAUCCGCAACCCGACAGCCCCCCUGGAAAGAGGAGAGACAGAGCCGUGAGGGCUCAAGGAGGAAGUUUGAGUCCAGAGGGCCUGGACUUCUGGGUUCCUUCCCCAGCGGGUGGGGGAAGGGGCCACUCACGGAGGCUCCGAGCACUGAGAUAAAGAAGCAGCAGCGCGAAGACAGCGAGAGGGACUGCGUGGCGGACCCAGCGCCGCGGGACCGGGGGCGGCAGCGCGACGCCCAUGGCUGCUGCUGGGACCACCGCCCCCGCACCGGCCCCUAGCCAGUGCGUGUCCCUCCGCCUCCAGGAGGGGAGAGAAGCCCGCGGUCCCCUGAGGCGCUAAGGGUUAAUAAUUAAUCUCCUAAGGCCCCCUCCCCGGUGCCUUGUGCCCUUUGCCCCAGAGGACAGCUACACAGGGGUGAGGAUCGGAUAAAGACGAUUUGGGGGACCCGGAGGCAAUGGCACAUUUCUGCAUUUCCAUUCCUUGUAGGGCUGGCUUGCAGUAAGAGGCAGUCUGGGUAUUGGGAAGAGAGGCUGGGGCCAGCACCAGCUCCCCCACUGAGCAAUGGUGUGUGCCCUGAGUUCUCGUCAUGGUAAAUUGAGGAGGAUAAUAGGGACUUUGUAGGCCUGGUGUGAGGAUUAAGUGAUAACGUAUGUGAAACACUGUAAAUGGAAAAGCUUACUACAAUUUGGGAUCCAGGGAACACCCACUUCUAGAUUCUCCAUCCUGUCCCCAGGAUGUCUUGAUCUGGGUACAUGACAUCUCAAUUAUAUACUUCAGGCUUUACCUUUUUACAUUUUUGUGGUUUAAAAUUUUAAACUCCAGAUUAGCUCCUCAUUCAGUCAUUGAACUAACCUUUAUUAACCGCUUCCCCACACCAGGCCCUAUGCUAGACUUCAAGAAUACAAAGGUGCUUUCACAGAGCUCAAGGUCCACUGGGGAGAAUUUAUUUAUCAUCCCUCUCCCUCACUGGAAUGUGAGCCCUGGGGAAGACCCAGUUCUAUUUGUUUUUCCAGGUUGCUGAUCUAUUUCCAGCACUUAAAAUAUUGCCUGGGCCCAAAUACGUUGCUGCUAAACAAAUAUUUAUCGAAAAAAUGACUGUGGAUGAGGGACAGACAAAUGAGGGGUUGCCCCCUAACAAGUUGGAGCCAAGUUUUUUAGGCAAAUUAGGAGUCCACCUGGUGGUCAGAGUGGGGAGGCAUUCCAGGAGAGGAAAUGAGAAGUGGCAGAAACAGCCUCUCGUGCUCUCACAGGUUCUCAGUCCCUUUAAUUUCUUAAUUCCUCUCUGUGUGUGUAUAUAUACAUAUUUUUUUCUGGCCAGAGGAGGGGUGUUUCAGAUUCUCAAGGGAUCAGGUCCCCAAUGUCUAAGAUCUUUCCCAGUUUACCCUAUCUGUCAGUCUGAUAAUCCCCCCACCAUCCUGGAUGGAGGUUCCUGUGGUUGAUCCAGACCCAUCCCGGCACUGGUGGGAUUCAGGGGCCAUCACUACCAACCCCACUCCAGGUUCCACAUUUCCCUGUGUUGGAAUGAUUCCCAGUUUGCUGGCUUUGACUUUAUGGGAAGCGGCUUUUUCUUUCUGGGUUCCAAUGACCUCUUCAAAAGAGGAAGGUGGGAUUAAAUUCAAUAGUUCUGCAAAGCAGUUAACACAAUUCCUGGCCUAGAGUCAACCUAAACUGGCGCUGGGAGCCUGGGCCUCCGGGCAGGGAACCAAGUCUGCAAGGUUCACGGAACGGAUUAGUUUUGGGUAUCACAGUCUUCGUGGCUGUUCCGCAAUCCGAGCCCUCGUGGAGGAGAUGAUAUAAAGCCGCGUUAACGCGCCCUGCGCUCCGUGGCUGCGAGAUGAAGAGGGUCGCGGGAGCCAAACUGCUGCUGCUGCUGCUGUGGAUGACGCGCUGCGGACACGUAGGGUCGGGUGGGCCGAGCGGCCACACGUCGGUCAUCGAGGUGACCAACGGGGGCCCCUGGGGCGACUGGGCCUGGCCUGAGAUGUGUCCUGACGGGUUUUUCGCCAGCGGGUUCUCAACCAAGGUGGAGCCCCAGCAAGGGAUUCCUGGCGACGACACCGCUCUGAAUGGGAUCCGGCUACACUGCGCACGCGGAAACGCAGAACGCAACACGCACGUGGUGGAGUCGCAAUCUGGAAGAUGGGGCGUGUGGAGUGAGCCUCUGUGGUGUCCCCGCGGCGGCUACUUAGUGGCCUUCUCGCUUCGGGUGGAGGCUCCCGUGACCCCCGGGGACAAUACGGCGGCGAACAACUUGCGCUUCCGCUGCUCCGACGGUGCGGAGCUGGAAGGGCCUGGCCUGGCCUGGGGAGAAUUUGGAGAUUGGAGCGAUUCGUGUCCCAAAGGCGUGUGCGGUUUGCAGACCAAGAUCGAGCCUCCUAGGGGUCUCCGCGAUGACACCGCGCUUAACGACGUGCGCUUAUUCUGCUGCAGUAGUUGAUACCCUCAUCGUCCUCUCCCCACCACCAAGGCCUGUCCCACCUCCCUCUAUUAAAGCUUCUGCGUGUUGUC